AUGUCGGCUUGGCAAAACUUUCAAAAGCGUGCUCAAAUUUUCGGAGUUAUUUUUGCUCUUUUGCACAACUUGCUGCUUAUUUUUCUGAUAACCGAAAAAUCGCACAAAGAAUUGGGUACAUACAAGAACUUGAUUAUUCUUGUAGCCAUUUCUGAAUGCUUCUAUGCAGUGUUGGAAGUGACAGUUCGACCAGUUAUUCAUUCGUUCGGAUUUACAUUCGCAUUGAUAGUCAAUGUUGAAGACUCUUUUCUUGAAUACGGUGUACUUAAAGUUCUACUUGCUAUGUACUGUGCAUUUUUUGGCUCCUUUUUAGUGAUUUUCAGCGUUCAGUUUAUUUAUCGAUACUGGGCAGUUAGUGGAAACAAACAUCUGAAAGAAUUUGAAGGGCUUAGAAUAUUUCUUUGGACUUUGCCUUCAAUUUUUUGUGGUCUUAUUUGGUGGCUUGUUGCUUAUUUUCCAUGUGCUAAGCGGCCAAGUACUGAUGAAUAUUUAAGAGAUAGUGUAAUGAAAGAAUUCAAUUUGUCGAUCGAAGAAAACUUGUAUGCCGCUCCGUAUUUUUAUGAGGUAAACACAGAUGGAACUACAGAUAUAUAUUAUCCAUCCUUCAUUUCCAUCAUUCUUACGACUGUUUUAGUUAAUAUCUCUGUUAUAACCGUGUUUUAUUUUGGCAUCAAAUGUUACUCAUCACUACGUGAACAAGGGGCACUCGUUUCUCAGAAUACUCAAAAACUUCAAAAUCAGUUAUUCUACUCAUUAGUUAUUCAAACAGUUAUUCCAUUGUUUUUGAUGCACUUUCCGGUUGCUGCCAUGUACUGUUUCACAUUUUUGGAAAUCGAUGUUGGUUCACUAAGCGGAAUUGUAACAGUUACACUGGCAAUCUUUCCCGCAAUUGAUCCACUUCCAACAUUGAUUAUGGUGAAGAGUUAUCGGACAGCAAUCCAAUUCUACAUUUACUUGUUUUUCAAAACUAUUACCAAGAUGCUUCAACCUUCUCAAGAUAACUCUAUAGCAAUGACUCAGACGAGAGCAAUUUAA